CACCAGUGCUGCACUCAGGGCCUCAACUGAGGCCCCAGAAAAUAAGGCUUGUUGGCAACACUGGAAGAGAAAGAGAAAGGGCCUUCCUCCUUCCAUGGCUGCUGCUCCCUCUGAGGCGGUGGCGGGGUCCUAUGCCCGGCGUCUCUUCUGGCCCCGGAUACUCCUUUUUGGGGACUCCAUUACUGAGUUUUCCUUCCAAGAAAAUGGAUGGGGGGCAUUGCUCGCUCAAAGAUUAGCCAGAAAGUGUGACGUCUUGAAUCGUGGACUCUCUGGCUAUAACACACGGUGGGCAAAAAUUGUUCUUCCAAGACUGAUCCAGAAAGAUUCUAACGCUAAGAAUACAAUUGCAGUAACAGUCUUCUUUGGAGCCAAUGACAGUGCUUUAAAAGAUGUGAAUCCCAAACAACAUGUUCCACUAGAAGAAUACGCUGACAAUUUAAAAAGCAUGGUACUGUACCUUAAGUCUGUGGACAUUGCAGAGGAUAAAAUUAUUUUAGUGACACCACCACCACUUCAUGAAGCAGCUUGGGAGAAAGAGUGUAUUGCCAAAGGUGAAAAAUUGAACCGUCUCAAUUCUACCACUGGGGAAUAUGCCAAGACCUGUGUUAAAGUGGCUGAAGAUUGUGGCACUUGUGUCAUUGAUCUGUGGACACUUAUGCAAAAAAAUAACAAGGAUUUUAGCUGCUACCUCUCUGAUGGACUCCAUUUAUCAGGGGAAGGAAAUAACUUCCUAGCAAACCAGCUUUGGUCACUCCUGGAACAAAGAAUCUCCAUGCUCCAAAUGCUGCUCCCCUAUUGGCGCGAUGUGGAUCAUCUCCAUCCUGAAGCUAGUCUCUUGGAUAACCCUCAUGAUAAACAGUAAUAGUCAACACUAGCUCUUACUUAGAUGACAGUAGAGUCCGUACACAUGUAAAACAUUUUACUUUUUAAAAUUAAAAUAGUCAACACUUUCUUAUUAAACAAUA